GACAUCGGCGUGGAUCCGGUCUAAAAUUUCCAAACGACGGCCUGCCUGCCGGCCGUCCACGCGCUCCAUCGGACGGCUCGCCGCUCACCCAUAUCCUCCGCCGCCGCCUGCUUUAUUUAGCCUAGCUUCUGCCCGCGAGCCUCUUCUUCCCUCCCUCCACUCGCGUCCAAAUUCUCUCCUCACCACACCACCUCUCCCUCCGACGCACGGGUGCAUCGCAGUGCUAGAUAGAGUGACCAUGCAGGCGGCGGCGGUGACGGUGAAUGGCGCGGGCGACGUGCAGAAGCCCCAGCAGCAGCCGAUGGUGGUGGGGGCGCCGCCGCCGGCGGCCAUGGUGCCGCCCCAUUGGGUUGCCAUACCGAUGCCGCCGCACCCGAUGGCGCCGCCCCAGUUCGCGGCGGCUCAAUUCGUGCCGUUCCACGCCGUCGUGCAGUCGCCGCAGCUGGCGGCACCUGUGCCAGCGGUCGUCCUGGGAUCGCCGGCGCCGCAUCAGGCCGGGCAGGAGGAGAACAAGACCAUCUGGGUUGGUGAUCUCCAUUUCUGGAUGGACGAGAAUUAUCUGCACAACUGCUUCGGCUACACCGGCGAGGUUGUGGCAAUUAAAGUUAUCCGGAAUAAGCAGACCGGACAGUCUGAAGGAUACGGAUUUGUUGAGUUCUACAGCCAUGCUGCAGCUGAAAGGGUUCUUGAAGGGUUUUCUGGUCAUAUUAUGCCAAACACUGACCAGCCCUUUAGGUUAAACUGGGCAUCGUUUAGCAUGGGAGAUAGGCGCUCGGAUGUUGCUUCGGAUCAUUCCAUAUUCGUAGGCGACCUUGCUUCCGAUGUCAAUGACGCCACACUGCUGGAGGUUUUCUCCAGCAGGUACUCCUCUGUCAAAGGUGCCAAAGUCGUUAUCGAUGCUAACACUGGUAGAUCCAAGGGUUAUGGCUUCGUGAGAUUUGGAGAUGACAGUGAGAAGACGCAUGCCAUGACUGAGAUGAAUGGUGUGUAUUGCUCCUCUAGGCCCAUGAGGAUUGGCCCGGCAACUCCAAGAAAAUCAUCAGGUACCUCUGGAUCAAAUGGCUCAUCUGCUCGACCAGACGGAGGAGAUUUGACAAACACAACAGUAUUUGUGGGCGGGCUCGACCCAGAUGUCAGUGAAGAGGACCUUAGGCAGGCCUUCUCCCAGUACGGAGAAAUUUCUUCCGUAAAGAUUCCAGUUGGGAAACAGUGCGGCUUCGUGCAGUUUGCUCAGAGGAAGAACGCGGAAGACGCGUUGCAAGGGUUGAACGGCAGCACUAUUGGCAAACAGGCCGUGCGUCUCUCAUGGGGUCGCAACCCAGCAAACAAGCAGUUUAGGGGCGACAAUGGCAACAUGCAGUGGAAGAACGGGGGCGUGUACUACGCGGCGCCCCCGUUCUACAACGGCGGCUACGGCUACCCUGCGGCGGCCCCGUUCCCUGAUCCAGGCAUGUACGCUGCUCCAGCCUACGGCGCCUACCCGUUCUAUGGCAACCAGCAGCAAGUGAGCUGACCUGGACUACUGCGCCGGCCUCGCUUGGAAAGCUGGGGCCUGGCCUGGCCUGGCCUGGAGCGGCUGUUAGGUGUAGCUCUUGGUAGAAGAAGAUGAAGUAGACGACGACGGUUUCUUAGGUGAGCUAGAUAUAUAUACCUUGACUAGUCUCGUAUAGUGCGUUUUGUUACACGUGCUAGCUAGGGUCUAGCGCCACCCACCGAGUGUCCGACACACCUAUUGACUGGCCACGUACGGUAUGUCGAAAUCAACGACAAAAGGAAUUUUCGAUGACCUGGAGCUGCAUGCUGCCUUGAAGCAGCAGAACAAUAAAGCUAAUGGAAUCCUUUGCCCCUGCAAUAUAUUCGGUCCGGCUUGAGUC